AUGAAACAGUACAACUACAUGUAUGAAGCUGCUCCUCAAGAUUGGCGUUAUCCAGCAAUGGCAAAUCAAACAGCUCCAGGAACCGCCGAGUCCAAACAACGGGACAACAAUCCAAUGAGCGACUUCAAUUUGGGAAAAAGGUCAGUUUAUUCGGUGUUCAAGCUAUUUGAAAAGAAUAACGGAUUCGUACUAGUCUUUGACUAA